GUCACUCGAACCGUUCUGCCUUUGGCUGUUGGAACUGGAAGAUGGCAAGCAAAUGGCUCCCACUGUUGGUGGCCGUCGUGGCGUUCCAUCUGGUGAGCGCCGCUCCGUUGGGAGGAAAUUCUACGGAGCUUUCGAAAACGAUCGGGGUCAUACAUCACCUAACCUACCUGAUCGACUACCUGGUGCAGUACGUCAUUAAGGACAACGAUCGCCAAACGCCAAAGGACGCCGCCGACUACUACCAGAAGGCGUUGGUCGAGGGUCAGUCCGAGGGUGCAUCGCGGAGCUCCGAGGAGUACAAACCGAGCGCGGACCGAGCCCGCCAGGAGACGGAAAUCAUCAGCAAAAUGAUGAAAGUUUAGCAUCAUCUGAGGGCGAGGAAUUUUCCAUACAUACAGGUAUUCACGAGUAAACAUUAACCUUGGGACCAGA